AUGCCUCAUGCUUACGAGAAGAUAUUCAGGUUUCACCUUGAGGCUUUCCAUGGACUGCGGCCAGUGAAACACCCCGGGUGGAAGAUGGGUUACGAGAUUGAGUCAUUUGAAGUUCAUUGUAAAAAUGUGAGGUACAGGGAAACCAUUAGGCGCAUAUUACUUGCCUUGAAGCCCAUUAUAUUUGUAAAAUCAGAGAAGCAGCCCAUUUAUUUGGAUGUGUAG